CUGAAAGUAAAAGUAAACAUUUCUCCAUUGUCGCUUUAAAGAUGAGCCGCGGGUCGAGCGCUGGCUUCGACCGUCACAUCACCAUCUUCUCGCCCGAGGGGAGACUCUACCAAGUAGAGUAUGCCUUCAAAGCCAUCAACCAGAGUGGUCUCACCACAGUGGCUGUGAGAGGGAAGGACUCGGUUGUUGUUGUGACGCAGAAGAAAGUGGUGGAUAAGCUUAUUGACCCCAGCACCGUCACAAACAUGUACCGACUAACGGACAAGAUCGGCUGUGUGAUGACAGGCAUGUUAGCGGACUGCCGGUCGCAGGUCCAGAGAGCUCGUCACGAGGCUGCCAAUUGGAAGUACAAGUAUGGAUAUGACAUCCCGGCUGACAUGCUGUGCAAGCGAAUGGCAGACAUCUCGCAGGUCUACACUCAGAAUGCAGAAAUGAGACCUUUAGGAUGUUGCAUGAUGCUCCUGGCUUUCGAUGACGAACGUGGGCCCCAGCUGUACAAGUGUGACCCCGCUGGUUACUACUGCGGCUUCAAGGCCACCAGUGCAGGGGUUAAACAGAUUGAAGCCAGCAGCUACUUGGAAAAGAAGAUGAAAAAGAAACCAGACUUGACGUACAAAGCCACCUUGGAGCUUGCAAUCUCCUGUUUGUCCACCGUCCUGGCACUGGACUUCAAGGCGUCAGAGAUAGAAGUUGGUGUCGUCACCUCGGAAGAUCCCAAGUUCAGGACCCUCAGUGAAUCAAAGAUUGAGAAGCAUUUAGUGGACAUUGCGGAGAGAGACUGACUUCCUCAGGGGGGCCAAAAUGGAACUGCAUUUAAACACAGCUCUGCAAACAAGAAGAUCCAGCCAUGAAAACCUGUACUUCAACAAGGAACAGUGGGACAGGGUGUUAAAAAUUCCUCCUUCCUGCACUCCCCCUCGUUUCCCCACACUGGUCCUUUUACACCACUUUGAACACACUGCGUAGAAAUUCCAGGAAAUCGUAAAUGCAGUAAUUUUAAUGGGAUAGUUCAUUGUUCUGUGUGUAAAAUACUCUGCAAACUCAGAAUAAUAAUGACGCAAAUAUGAACAUAAGAUGCUUUAUUGGCUAAUUAAAAAUUGUUC